CUUUUCAAUUUGCCAGCACCACCAUGUCGCCAAGCUUGGAAGACCAAAAGCCGACGACCGAGUAUACGGCGGUCAUCGCGACGCCCAAGGCUGACGGCGACCUCGCCGACGUGCCCAAGUCGUCGUCGACGAUCGAGAGCUGCUCGACGGCGUUCCUCUUCCUCCUCUGCUGCCCCAAGAUGGCGCUCAACGUCGCGUGGGCGGCGCAGUGGGCGGCGCUCGGCCCGCUCCUCCAGAUCCUCAUUCCGUCGUCGUGGGUCCAGAUCGUCCAGCUCGUGGGUCCGAUCUCUGGUCUCCUCAUCGCGCCCUCCAUCGGUGUCCUCAGUGACAACUGCACGUCUAAGUUUGGUCGCCGCCGUCCGUUCCUCUUUUGGGGUACGCCGCUCAACCUCCUCAUCGCCGACUUUGCCGGCGAGCGCCAAGUCACAGCCUCGUCGCUCGGCAACGCCUACUCGAUCGCCGGCUCGUUUGUCGUCUCAGGCUACAUCAUGGCGUUCGGGCCCGCGCACGAAAGCGUCAAGCCCUUCAUGUGCCUCUUGAUUGCGGUCAUGCUCAUCACGGCCGGCGCCGUGCUCUACUUUGUCAAGGAAAAGGUGUUUGUCGCGACGACGACUGUCUCCAAGGCCCAAGAGAUCAAGAGCGCGUUCGCAGCCGUCUGGACUGGUAUCCGCCUCCUCCCCAAGACGCUCGCCAUCUACUGCGUCAUCAUCGUCUUUGUCCAGUACGGCUUUACGGCCUACAUGGGCGCGAAGGGGCAGUUCUUUGGCCUCGUCGUCAAGAACGGCACGUCGGACAACGCUGACAAGUGCGGUCACGACGGCAACCCCGCGUGUUCGGCCCAGCAGAUCGCGUACAACGACGGCGUCCAGCUCGCGGGUGGCGUCACCGACACGAUCUACAACUGCGUCUCGCUUCUCUACCUGGCCGUGCUCCCGUACCUCGUGCGCAAGUUUGGCGUCAAGAAGGUCAUCACGGCCUCGAUCAUCCCGCAGAUCUUCCUCAUCGCGAUGGCGUAUUGCAAGGUCGUCGCCAUCGACAUGAUCAUCGUCAUCGCCUGCGCGUUCACGCAGAACACGCUGCUCUCGCUCUUCAUGGCCACCAUCAUCCACGUCAUCGGCCACGAAGAGAACUCGGGCCUCGGCCUCUUUGCCGGUGCGCUCAACUCGGCCUACUGCGCCGGCCAGUUUCUCAACUUUAUCUUUUCGUCGAUCCUCGUCACGUCCUCGAUGGGGUACGCGCUCCCGAUCCUCGUCGGCGGCGUCCUCUCGGCGAUCGGCUUUCUCAUCUCGCUCUUCUUCUUCAAGAUUGAGCUCUACUCGACGUAGAUGAGAUUUUGUGGAGCAGUAGUGUGUAUAAUGUAAUAUGAAAAACAGGGGAUCGAACCCAUAUAUGUCUCAGA